AUGGCGGGAGUGUUUGAUAUCGAUCUGGAGUCAGAGGACCUGAGUGACGCGGAGGAUGAAGUUUGUGGCGAUAUCCCUGUGGCAGAUACUGACAACACUCUGGCUACAGAGGAGGUGGAGCUCACUAGUGCCAGUGUAAACAGGGACAGUGAGAGGGUUGGUCCAGACUGCUUUGAGCUUCUCACCGUACUAGGAAAAGGAGGUUAUGGCAAAGUUUUUCAAGUGCGGAAAGUACAGGGAGCUCAGACUGGUAAAAUAUUUGCCAUGAAAGUCUUGAAAAAGGCAAAGAUAGUGUGCAAUGCUAAGGACACAGCCCACACGCGCGCAGAGCGAGAGAUCUUGGAGACUAUCAGACACCCUUUUAUCGUGGAACUGUGGUAUGCCUUUCAGACCGGAGGCAAACUCUACCUCAUCCUGGAGUGUCUAAGUGGUGGAGAACUGUUUAUGCAACUGGAGAAGGAAGGAAUUUUCAUGGAAGACACAGCGUGUUUUUAUCUUGGUGAAAUAACGUUAGCCCUGGGACACCUCCACGCCAACGGUAUCAUCUACAGAGAUCUUAAACCAGAGAACAUUAUGCUAAACCAUCAAGGGCACAUCAAGCUGACUGACUUUGGCCUGUGUAAGGAGUCCAUCCACGACGGGACUGUCACUCACACGUUCUGCGGCACCAUCGAGUACAUGGCUCCAGAGAUCCUGACCCGCUCAGGACACAACAGAGCGGUGGACUGGUGGAGCCUGGGAGCCCUGAUGUACGACAUGAUGACCGGCUCGCCUCCGUUCACUGCGGAGAACAGGAAGAAAACCAUCGACAAAAUUCUCAAGGGGAAGCUCAACCUGCCGCCGUACCUCACUCCGGACGCCAGGGACAUGAUCAAAAAAUUGCUGAAGAAGAACCCAACGCAGAGGCUGGGCUCCAGCAAAGCUGACUGUGCAGACAUCCAGAAACAUCAUUUUUUCAGACACGUCAACUGGGACGACCUUUUAAAUAAGCGAAUUGAGCCCCCCUACAGGCCAUCCUUGCAGUCAGAAGAGGAUGUUAGUCAGUUUGACAGUCGAUUCACACGCCAGACGCCCGUGGACAGUCCUGAUGACACUACCCUGAGCACAGAUAACACAUUUGCUGGCUUUACCUAUGUAGCUCCGUCGGUGCUGGAGAGUCUGAAGGAGGGCUUCUCUUUCGAGCCUAAAGCGCGUCACGUCCGCAGACACAACAGCAGCCCACACACACCCAUCAGUCCUCUGAAAUUCUCUCUGACUGAACCUUUCAAGACCAGCAUGGAUGGAGACAUUGUGUCCCCUGUUCAGAGCCCGCCCUUUCCCACAGAAACCAACUGUGUCACGCAGCCAAUCAGAACCCCUGGGCGAAACAAAAAGCAAAAAGGACACCGCAGUGGCAGAUGAAAGUGACAAUCAUUCAGAACAUCACUCUGCUCAGGGGUGGCGCAUGCUUUCUUUUUUUUCUG